UUCACCAAAUUAACUAAUCAAUUUUUUAUAACGUUUGUCAAGGAUUACUUAAACAACUCGUCCAGCCACUUAAUUUAAUCCCAAAUGGCUCACCUUUUGUGCCUAUAAAUUGGACUGACAUGAGAAUGGAACUUCUCAUCACAGCAUUGAAGAGCUUUGUUUUCAUAAACUCGGCUUCUUCGUUAAUUUCUCUCUUGGAUCGUCUCAGCAACUCUAAUAUCCUCAUAUUUUCUAUCAGCUUAGAUAGGAUGGCAUUUUCAAUCUCCUUCGCCACCUUCUUUUUCGCUUUCUUAGCCCUUCUUGCAGUUGUGGUUGCUCAGCUUUCACCGAACUACUACUCGAGUUUGUGCCCGACUGCUCUCUCGAUUAUCAAGGGCGCAGUGAGCAAUGCCAUUUCGCAGGAGCGUCGCAUGGGGGCAUCGCUCCUGCGACUCCACUUCCACGAUUGCUUCGUUAAUGGCUGUGAUGGUUCAAUACUGCUUGACGACACGACAGGCUUCACUGGAGAGAAGACUGCUUUUCCAAAUGCCAAUUCAGUUCGAGGAUUCGACGUCAUCGACACCAUCAAGACUCAGCUCGAGAGCAAGUGCCCGGGGAUCGUGUCCUGUGCAGAUAUCCUAGCAGUCGCGGCUCAUGAUUCGGUUGUUGCAUUGGGUGGGACUACGUGGAGUGUGCAACUGGGGAGAAGAGAUUCAACCACGGCAAGUUUAAGUGCUGCCAACAGCGAGCUUCCUUCUCCUUUCUCGGACCUAAGUGAUCUAAUUUCUGCCUUCUCAAACAAGGGCUUCACUGCCAAAGAAAUGGUUGCCCUCUCAGGUUCCCACACAAUUGGGCGAGCAAGGUGCACAACCUUCCGAACCCGCAUCUACAACGAGACCAACAUCGACGCUGCGUUUGCAUCAUCUCUUAGGAAGAACUGCCCGAGUGCUGGCGGGGAUGACAACCUCGCGUCACUCGAUACUGUCAUGGGGGACGUUUUUGAUAACGACUACUUCAAGAACCUGGUGAGCCAGAAGGGGCUUCUGCACUCGGACCAGCAGCUCUUCAACAACGGCUCCAUGGACUCACAAGUGAAUGCCUACAGCCUCAACUCUGCGACCUUCUUUGCCGACUUUGCAAAAGCCAUGGUCAUGAUGGGGAACCUCAGCCCCCUCACAGGGUCCAGUGGCGAAGUCAGGACCAACUGCAGGAAUAUUAACGGGUCUUAGUUAAUUAUUUUAACAAUAAUAAGAAAGUAAGAAAUUGAUUGACUUGUGUUUGUCUUGUCAUUGAUUUAAGCGGACAAUAAAGAUUUGAUUGUAUGAUCAAAUAAUAUAUGUCGAUAGAGUCGUGAGGUUGAAAUUGUAUAUCAUAUACAUAGCAUGCAUGCAUUUUG